AGCCUGCCUGCCAGCGUUCAAAGGGAAUCAAAAUAACAAUUUAACAACCAGCAGCAGAGGACUGGACCCGCACAAGGAUGCUACUCCCGCACAGACAGCAGUAGACGGUCCAAACAGCUGCUGCCAACAUGUUCAGGCGAGGUUAUGGCGGGGUGGAGUUACUGUUGGUGCUGUGUGGCCUGGAUCUCUCUCUGCCCUGCCCUCGCCACUGCAUCUGCUACACUUCACCUAGCACCGUCUCCUGCCAGGCCCACAAUUUCCAUGCCGUGCCCGAGGGCAUCCCAGCCCAGAGCGAGCGCGUCUUCUUGCAGAACAACAAGAUCCAGCGCCUGCUCCGCGGCCACUUCUCGCCCACCACCACCAUGUUGUGGCUUUACUCCAACAACAUCUCCUACAUACAGCCCUCCACAUUCCACGGCUUCGAUCGCCUGGAGGAGCUCGACCUCGGGGACAACCGCCACCUGCAGGCGGUUGCUGCGGACACCUUCCUGGGGCUGGGUCGGCUGCACGCCCUGCACCUCUAUCACUGUGGGCUGAUCACCCUGCCUCCGGGGAUUUUUGCGGGCCUCAAUAAUCUCCAGUAUCUCUACCUACAGGACAACCAGUUGGAGUUCCUGGAGGACGAUCUGUUCAUCGACCUUCUGAACCUCAGUCAUCUGUUCCUGCAUGGCAACAAACUGUGGAGCCUUCGCCAGAACACGUUCCGAGGUCUGGGGGUCUUAGACCGCCUGCUUCUCCACCAGAACCGAAUCCAGUGGGUAGACCGUCAGGCGUUCCACGACCUGCGGCGCCUCACCACCCUGUACCUGUUUAAUAACUCUCUGACGGAGCUGUCCGGAUCCAGCUUGACUCUGCUGCCGGCCCUGGAGUAUCUGCGACUUAACGACAACCCGUGGGAGUGUGACUGCAAGGCACUGUCGCUUUGGGAUUGGCUGCGGAGGUUCAGAGGCUCCACUUCCUCUCUGAUGUGCGUUUUGCCACCGGAGCUGACAGGAAAGGACCUGAAAACGUUGAAGAAAGAGGAGCUGCCCAGCUGCUUGUCCGGCGAGGGUCAAGCACAUGGCGGCCCGGGCCGGGAGAUGGAUCAUGGAGAGUCUUUAAACCACCUGAACCGUCACAGAAACCACCACAACCACCAUCAGCGGCCGUACUUGCCCCACGGGGAUCAGUACAGCUUGCCUUCGCCCUCGCCCCUGCCACGGCCGCCUAAGGGAGGCCGGAGAAACUGCACCCGUCGAGGCCGCAAGGCAAAAGGUGGGCUCAAUGAUGUGCAGGUACUACGGGACGGGGGUGAGAAAGACUACACUGCAGAUGGGGGUAAAUAUGACCUGUCUGGAACUGCGAGGAGGAAGAACAAGUGCAUCCCCAGAACUUCUGUGGGCCCACCGAGUGGGGUCCAGAGAGCCAAUAAUAAAGCAGGGUCACACUUUGCAGAUUUUACUUUUUGUUUAUCGUCAGCUCUGCUGCUGUCACUCAUCUCCAUCAUCCUUCGCUGAGACGGGAGAGGAGAGACUUUGAUGCAACCUUAUGAUUCAUCCUCCUGAACCACCCAGCCUUGGCUCUGUCAACGAGGCAUAACUCUGUGUGUGUACAUGACUGUGUAUAAAGUAUCAGAUAUCUACUGUCGAACUAUCCCUGCAGGAAUCUUUACGAGUCAUAAUCGAACACGGAAGUCAGGGAAAAUUAUUUAGCCCAUUGCUUUGAUGAUGUCACCAAGGGAAACAUCAGGAAAACUUUACAUCGACUGCUUCACUGAAUUCAUAAAAACUGUACAGACACAUACAAUAACAAGCCAAUGAUUCAUUUAAGUAAUCGCGAGCACAAUAAGGAGUUCAGUCUCUAUGUUUAGCCCUCUUGACACAAAAGGGCUCUCUCAGUGCGCCCGCCAUCUGUCAUUCAAACUGAGACCCAGACAGCCAUACACACUGCAGCACCUUAAGAUCUAGAAACAAAACGCUGCAGACACAAGAGGCAGUGAAAGGAGUCAUUGACAAGUCACAGCAGUAAUAACUAGAAUCACGACAUAUCUUCAAAUAAAGUGGUUGUACGUGCAUGUCUCACGGGAACCCACGUCUGUAUCUUUGGCUGUUUAGUCUCAACUGAUUCUUCAAAGUAGUCCUGUCAAAAAGGUGUGUUCCUUUUGUCCAUCGCAUUGUCCACACACACACAUCAACUUAAAAGCCAUUCAGAUCGAACCUUUCAUCAUGAAGAGCCACAGUCAGUUUCAGCGAGUGAAUGAAUGUCUGAGUGAGUGUGUGUGUGUGUGUGUGUGUCCACUGAAAGAAAAAGCCAUGCGGGUAGAACGACACUAGAUAAGAGUGCCUAACGAGAGCCAGCGGGAUGGUUUCAUUCACUCAACACAAAGGCCUAGAAAAGGCAGAGACUCCUGGGAACUGUUACAUACUUUCCUCUGGAUGAUGGAGAAAUCCUUCCAGCAGAGAUGGUUCAGUCCAAAUAAUCACAGGAGGGUUAAAAAUGCUGGAAACAAGGCCCUAAAAUUAGGGAGGACGACCACAAUAUAUCUCUGGCAAAGGACUGCUGAAACUGAAAUCACAAAGCAGUUCCAAGUCUUUUUUUCGUUGAUCACCACGGGGCAAACAGGAUAAACUUUUACUAAAAUUUCUGUCCCUGUCCUCUCUGAUGUGUUCACUGUCACCCCAAAAACGGACGGACUUGAUUGGAUAUAAAUGCUGCUACGUCCAAGAAGAUUCUUCAGGACAGAGAGGACUGUGGGACACGGCGUCCUGUCUGAACCGGAGCGGUUCAAGCACACACACGCCCCUGACGAAGCCCGAUCACCUUCACAGCCUUGCUGUCCCACUGGACCCUGCUAACCCCUGUCAGUCCCAGAGCAGAGCACCACAGGUUCUGACUUUAGACCUGAACUAAACCUGUACAGACACACAUCCGGGUACCUUAAACUAGCCAGUUAAUGCAGAGAGUCUUUAUUUCUUUUAGCAUUAUAAAUUCUAUUUUAAAAAGGGGCUGCACCUGUAUGCAAUGGAUGACCCGAGGUAAAAAAAAAAAAGGGGGGCAUGAAAAAUCAUGACAUGCAACAAAAAGCACAAGAAAUUAUUAUUCGUAUGGUUUGCUGGCAAGCUGAGGACGUGAGGUCUGGAUGUGUUUCCUGCCAAGCCCCGCCUUUUCCUGUCUAUCUAUCUAAGCGUUGGGGGACGGACAUGUUCCUGACAUGUAGGAUUUAGAGACCCCCUUCUGGUGAACUUGUUUGUGCUGCUGUGAACCCAGAGGUGAUGUAAAUUGUGUCUGUUUAUUCCUGUGAGGAUGACUUCUUUUGUAAAAAAAUCAAACAAACAAAAAACAAAAAAGGAAAGAAUAAUAAAAAGGAGAAACUCUCCAUUGUGUCUCGGUAGUUCCCUCAAAAAAUAAACAGGGGGCUAGAGGCUGGAACUUAUUUUUUAUUUCAUAUGAUUAUAAUCAUUAUUUCAGUUUUUUUUUUUUGUUAUUUUGCUGACUCAUUCAAGAUAAACGGUACACUGCCCCCCUCCUUCUCCAUUCUUUUCUAUCCUCCUAUUCAUCCCUCUGUCUUCCCCUUCUCACCUCCCUCUCCACCUCCUCUGCUUUCUCUUUCCCCCCUCCUCUAUCUCCUUAUUCUUUUCCUCUCCUCUCUUCCUUUGUGCAACCCAAAUGUUUUGUAUGUGGUUAUCAAACAAUGCCAGACUCAAAAGCUGUUUAUAAAUAACAUUAAACAGAAAGUGUCCUCAAAUGGCUGAGGUGGUCCGUGUUUGUUUGCCUCCGCUUUUGUAAGUGCAUAUGUCUGUGUG